AUGACGCCUAUUCACGCUUUCACUCGUGUCGCCGCCCGCCAUAUGGCACCUCGAUUCCUCUCAGCCCAAAAGACGACCGAGAAAGCCAUCUCGGUCGUCAACCAAGCGGCCAGAAAUGGAGCAAAUAUCAUUGUUUUUCCCGAGUCAUACAUCUCGGCAUUUCCUCUCUGGAGCGCCCUACGCCCGCCGACCGAGAACCAUGAUCUAUUCCGACGCAUUGUCCAUGAAUCCGUAUACGCAGAUGGGCCAGAGAUAAAAGCCCUACGAGACGCGGCCCGGGAAACCAAAACAGUCAUUAGCAUGGGGAUAUCUGAAAAAGCGCACGCGAGCACAGCAUGUCUCUACAACUCUAAUUUGCUCAUCAACGUCGAUGGCGAAGUCGUCAUCCACCACCGGAAACUGAUGCCGACCUUCUUUGAGAAAUUGACCUGGAGCCCUGGUGACGGCCACGGUCUGAAAGUCGCCGAUACUCCAUACGGCCGUGUCGGAGGUCUUAUCUGUGGUGAGAACACGAACCCGCUGGCGCGGUAUGCUUUGAUAGCCCAGAGAGAACAGAUUCAUAUAUCGUCUUGGCCAUAUAUCUGGCCGACUAGGGUUCCUAAGAAGGUACUUGAAUCAGAGUCAGAGUCCGAGCCGUCUAGUCCAGCUCCACGCAACUAUGAUAAUGUACUGGCCAACCGGUUGAGAGCUGCCGCGCAUUGUUUUGAAGCGAAGGCUUUCGACGUUAUGUGCAGUGGGUUUCUUGAUCAGGAGACUAUAGAUGCUGUGGUGGAAGGGUCUACUACGCCUGAGAUUUUGCAACGUGCUCUGCAAGACUCGCCGAGGGGUGUUAGUAUGUUUUUGGAUCCGACGGGUGCUCCAUUCCCUGCGUUUAUAGUGGAUGAGAAGACCAAGAUCCAACAACCGGUCGAGUAUCUGCAGAAUGACGAGGAUAUCAUCUAUGCGGAUAUGAAUCUCGAGGAUUGCAUUGAGGGAAAGCAGUACCAUGAUGUCGUCGGAGGUUAUCAACGACUGGAUGUCUUUCAGUUGCAGGUUAAUCGUUCUCGAAGGGAUCCUAUAAUCUUCAAGGAGGACUCUGACUUUCAGGAGUGA